CAAGAAGAAGAAGAAGAAGAAGAAGAAGAAAGAGUAAUGGAAAAAUCAGAAGAAGAGAAGAGAAGAGGAGAAGAAACAUAUUAUUUGUACAGCCCUUGUUCUCUCUUUCAACAACUUAUCAAAGCUUGCUUCAAGUGCUUGGGUCGUGAAGAAGGUGAUGAUAAACACUCCACAACUCCUCUAGCCCAUCCAAAUUCUCCUUCAGGAACAGAAGAAGAAAAAGAAAGGAAAAGAACUGAGGAAGAGAUUGGGGUGGAGUCCAGUGCAACAACAGUCACAAAAAGGCCACCAAGGCCACCAAUAGACCCUGGAAGAGGUGGUCAAAUCAACUGAUCAUAGUAAUCCUCCUAGGUAAAUAAUAAUAUUUACUGUGUUUAAAGACUUCUG